GAGGGUCAGAAACCCUACACCGUAGUUUAGUCUACAUACUACGUCGUUUGUUCGUAACUCAAAUCGCACUUUCCGUUUCAUUUGUUGUCUUGUCCAAAAAAAGGCACCGAGAACUGUCCGAACAAUUCUCAGAGGGACCCACACGUGUGAGCUCUGUGUGACCGAGUGCCAGUGGGAGUGGCUGAUCGAUAAUCCUUCAUUACUGUCUAGGAUCCCAGAAGAAUAAAGGCCAUUGUUGAACUGCGUGUUAAUUCACCCAUACCCAUCUGGGCAAAGCCUUCUUCUAUUUUUGUGACACCAAAACAGCAAGGAAAAAAAAAAAAAAAAAAAAAAAAAAGGAAAGCUGGCCACUCUUUUGAGUUUCUCGGAAGCCAAACAUCGGCGAGACUUAGAUCUUACGGAAAAGUGGUUGAUAGCAUGAACAUGGUUACGAAGCAUGAAUUGGUCAAUGAACAAAGUGUUGGAGUUGCGUUAUAAUGGGUCUCCAUAGGCACAGUAAUGAGUUGUUACCGGAGAGAAGAGUUAUCUCAGGUGAACAUGGCUCUCGGGUUGUUCGCAGAGGAAGAAGAUUUGGUCGUGUUACUAGGCAGAAAUUCUCUCUGUGGGUUUUCCUGCUUGCAGCACUUUUUCUACUCUACAUGGUAGUAUUUGGCCUAAAGUUGCUCUUUCAUGGUAAAUUAGAAGGUAAUGUUUCAGUAUCACAAGAAGGUAGUGUUUCAGUAUCACAAGAGCGUAGUGUUUUAAUAUCACAAGGACGUAGUGUUUCAGUAUCACAGGAAGUUCAACAAGAUCUUUUGGCAUCUAGUGUAAGGAAACCACCAGGAAGCAAGCACCGCAAGCAACAUUUUCCUUGUGAAGUUGCCCUAGCAGAAUCAGUUGAUUAUAUUGUUGAACCUUGGGAAUUCAUGAACUUUUCGCUCUUUUCUCUACAAUAUAUUGACCAAGAAGAAAAUCCUUCUCAAAACAUUUUGUUUGAACCUAAAUUUGGAGGACAUCAGACCCUUUUUGAAAGAGAACAGUCCUUCUAUGCCAAAAAUCAAACUCUUCAUUGUGGUUUUAUCAAAGGCCCACCAGGGUACCCAAACACUGGAUUUGAUUUAGAUGAGAAUGACAAGGCAUACAUGAGGACGUGUAAGGUUGCAGUAUCCUCUUGCAUUUUUGGCAGCUCUGACUUUUUGAGGAGACCUACGAGCAAACGGAUCAGUGAAUAUUCAAAGAAAAAUGUUUGUUUUGUUAUGUUUGUCGAUAAGCAAACCUUGUCAAAAUUAUCAUUAGAGGGGCAUGUUCCUGAUGGUGGAGGAAAUAUUGGCUUAUGGAGAAUAGUUAUUGUGAGCAAUUUUCCAUAUGAGGACAUGCGGAGGACUGGAAAGGUGCCAAAAUUUUUAUCGCAUCGCCUUUUCCCUUUAUCUAGGUAUUCAAUUUGGCUUGACAGCAAGAUGCGACUUAACACUGAUCCGAUGCUAAUUAUUGAACACUUCUUAUGGAGAACUAAAUCAGAAUAUGCCAUUUCAAAUCAUUAUGAUCGCCACUGUGUGUGGGAGGAAGUACUCCAAAAUAAGCGUCUAAAUAAGUACAACCACACGGCCAUUGAUGAACAGUUUAAUUUUUACCAGUCUGAUGGCCUCAAGAAAUUUGACCCUUCAGACCCAAAUACUCCUCUUCCAAGUUAUGUUCCUGAAGGCUCCUUUAUAGUCCGGGCACAUACUCCAAUGUCAAAUUUAUUUUCUUGCCUUUGGUUCAAUGAAGUUGACCGAUUUACCUCUCGUGAUCAACUAAGCUUUGCAUAUACUUACUUGAAAUUGAAGAGAAUGAAUCCAGAUCGACCAUUCUACUUAAAUAUGUUUAAGGACUGUGAGCGAAGAGCACUUGCAAAACUCUUCCGCCAUAGGGCAGCGCUGUCUCCUCCAUCUGCUACUUGAUCACUGAAAUCUUUACUAGUUUAUGAAUGGAAUACAAGAUGGUAUAAUAUAAAUCAGGAAAUAUGCACAUAAUUUGGCAUUGCAUAUAAGAAAAAAACCAAAAAAAAAAAAAACAA